UUUUAAACAAUGAGUAUUUACAUUUCUUCACCAUGUAGCGACUUUAAAAAGUCUGUGAUGAAACGGGAAAAAGUCUGUGGCACGUCCACUACUUUGUGCCAGCAAUCAUCAUCAACAUAUUUUAGGCCUGUGUGGCUCAGCAGCCAUCAGCAACGAGUGUCCAGUUUGUUCUCACUAAAGCUUAGUAACUUUUGAGUUUCUGUUGUCCCAUCACUACCCAGAGUUCACAGCCACAGGUGAGGGUUGGAAGGUAGAUCCUAAAUUGUAAGCCUCCGACUCAGUUCCCUCUCAGGGAUUGCUGAUGACGCCGCACCUGUUGGUCUCAGGCUUUGUUUUACCAUCACUGCUGAAGGAGAGCCAGAGGUACCUGAACCCUUUCAUUUGUGGAAGCUCAAGCUCCUUACACAUUUGACUGCAAACCUCCUGGAGGUCCUGGACUCAUGAAACCAACAGAACCACAUCGUCUUCAAAGAGCAGCAACAAAGUUAUGAGGUUCCCUGACCAGAUACUUUCCUCACCCCUCCUGACCAAACAGAAUCAGUGACAAGAGACAACACCAGACACACUAAUAGCUUGAUUUGUAUAAUUUCAUCAGUUCUUUGGACUGUGGGCUAACUUUUCAUCAGGAAGCGACACAGAACCAUUUUUACCUGCACGAACAAAUAAGCAGCAGCCCGGUUGGGUGCAAAACAACCCCAAUCUGGCAACUGUCCUUUGUUUCAGCAGGUGUCCCCCCUGUUCCUCCCUGUUUCAUGGUGGUGGUGGUGGGGGGGGGUUCUCUGCUUUGCCCCCCCGUCUCUCUUUCCUCUCCCCUGCUGUCGACAGGAGAAAAGAGGCCGAGUGAAGAAGAGAGGAGGACUCGGCUUCCUUCCCUCGGUGUGGUUUCCUGUUUGUAGGUGGGAGGAUGUCGAGACGGUUGCAGCAGCAUUCACACAAAGUUGCAGCUUCUUAUAACACUCGGCAACGCUCUCAAGUGUCACACUUCCAUCCCCUGAUUGGUUCUCGGUGUUUGUGUGAAACCUUUUUUCUGACAUUUUGCUGUUCUGAGCCGCAGGCCUCCUUUCCAAUUUCCCCCACCAUUUGCAGUUUGCAGUUGAAAGAGGACAGUUUGAUCAACCCACACGCAAACCAGAGAGCUGGUUGGUUAGUGAGUCACCUGAGGGCUGGUCGAUCACCACCUUUCUCAUCGGAGGAAGACGACGUAAGAGCGGAGGGCCUGUGGCAGGAGGUGAACCGAACCCCUCGACUCAGAAGGUGAUUGGGUGCAGCGAUGACAGAGCAGAGAGAGAGGGAGGAAAGAGCCCAGUAGGUUGCUGAAGGUGAAGAUCAGACACCAGAUCAUCAGGGAGGGAAGACAAACCAGGCGGACAGAAAGAGAAGAGAGGGAGAAAGACAGCAAUCGAGUCUUCAGACAUGGCCGAUGUUUGCUUAAAGUAGUCACCUCAUGUGGACCACAUACUGUGCGCCCCUAACCUUCACCGAUCCUCCGUCCUCCUCGUCAGCGUACAGCCGUCUCUCCAGUCGCUCCUUGUCCUCAGGUGUAGAUGAAACAUGGCCGACCUCUGGUUCCUCGUGCUUAUGGUGGUCGCCGUCUUCGUCUGCAUGGCCGUGCUGGCUGUCGCCUGUCUACAGUGCAGGAACAAAGGUCCUCUGGUGUCCAUCAGACAAGCGAAUACUUCAGAGGAGUCCAGUGAAUUCAGAGUCAUCCAUCCCACCCAGUCGACCAUUGAGCGGAACCCCAUCCAUCCUCAGACCGGCCUGCUGUCUCCAUAUCCACCAUCAGCCGAUCCUUUGACUCAGCGAAGACAUCCAUCCUUCACCCCAACAGAAACAGAAAGUAAUCCAAGUUAUGAGAACCCACCUGAUGGAUCUAAUUAUGUAAGCGGUGACAGCGAUGCUGAAGACGCUGGAUACAUAAUCGUGCUGCCCGAAGGUGAAGCUCCUCUGACCAAUCACAGCCGAGCCUCGACGCCCAGUUCAGAUGUGCGACACGAUUAUGAAAACGUCCCUGAGAAGAAAGAUCCACCAUCAGUCCGCCAUAGUCCAACCAGACUGUCAGCUGAGGGAGACGAAGAGGACAGAGAAUAUCUGAAUGUGGAUCCGAUGAAAACAUCACCGUCUCAAACCGACAGCGAGAGCGAAAGCGAGGACGACGAGGGCAACUACGUCAACGUGAACAACGGGACACCGUCCGCCUGACCACGGCGAGCCUUUCAGCUCCACCUGAAACCUCCUGAUGGUCUUCGUUUAGAAGCUCUGACCCACUGAGAGAAGAAAGCGAUGAGGAGAAGUGACUGCAUGGAGGACAGAAUCAGACGGGCCGUUUGCCUGGGCUGCGGUCUCACGCCGCUUUCACCAGGUUAAAGAGUGUCCAUGUGAUUCUGUCCGGGAAAUCUCACUGCACGUGAACGCCUCCCUCUGCUCCAACAGUUUCUAUGAGUUUCACCAAAUCUGUUCUUGACUUUUAGCCAUCAGUUUCAACUAUCAGACUGUAGUGAGAUGACAUUAAUUGAGUGAUUCGCGCUGUUAAAACCUGACGACCUUAAUGUUCUGUUAAAGCAGCAGCUCUCUGGCUGCAGACGAAACCUGAGACGCAGUUUGCCGCGUUCCAAUCGAUCUCCUGCUGUCCGUUCAAUAAACUGUUGCGUCACAUCCUGUAAAACACGGGUCGGCCCACCUUUCCCACGUCAGCAAACACGCGUUUUAUGCUGCGACGUUUUUUUACAGGAGUAAGAAACAGAAACUGAAACGUCCGAAAAAGUUCCGCUCAAAACGUCGCAGGUGGUGACGACUCCCAUGCAGUUAGGACACGCCCCCGAAGAGCAGCUUAAAGGUUCAUUCCGGUAUUUUCACUUUUAUGGAUUUUAAUAAGUAAAAAAAAAAAAAGAAUUUGUUUCAAAUUGUUCCUGUUGAUCAGUUUAACACAAGGGCAA